CGCAUGGUGACUCUACUUUGACCGAAACAUUCGGGGUCCUUUUACUUUCACGUGCCUGCCGUCGUGAGUUCACCAUGCCGAAGUCAAAGAGAGACAAGAAAAUUUCUUUAACAAAAACAGCCAAGAAGGGACUUGGGUCUAAACAGAAACUAAUAGAAGAGUUACGGAAAUGUGUGGACACCUACAAAUACUUGUUUAUCUUCUCUGUGGCCAACAUGAGGAAUAACAAGCUGAAAGACCUCAGGGCGGCAUGGAAACACAGCAGGUUUUUCUUUGGCAAAAAUAAAGUCAUGAUGGUAGCCAUUGGUAAAGGAGAAACAGACGAAUACAAGGACAAUUUGUGCAAGGUCAGCAAAUAUCUUCGAGGAGAAGUGGGAGUAUUAUUCACAAAUAAAACCAAGACAGAGGUGCAAGAGUAUUUCAAUCAUUUCAAAGAUUCAGACUAUGCACGUGCAGGAAACCCGGCUCAGAUGGAGGUAACCUUCGAAGAGGGCCCCUUGGAGCACUUUCCUCACUCGAUGGAGCCUCAGUUGAGGCAACUGGGCCUCCCCACUGCUCUCAAGAAGGGUGUGGUGACGCUGCUGAAAGAACACACCGUCUGCAAAUAUGAAGAGGUCCUCACCCCGGAGCAGGCUCGCAUUCUAAAACUGUUUGGCAUCGCGAUGGCAGAGUUCAAGGUGCAGAUCAAGUGCAUGUGGAGCUCCGAAACAUGCGAGUUUGAAAACUUGGCAGGCAACGAAGCGCCCAUGCAGGACGAUGAAGACGACAAGGAUGAUGAGGGGGAUGCAGAGUGAAACCCAGGCUUGUGGAAUUUGUAUUAUUUUUUUUUUUUUUACCAAAUCCAGACCAUGAACUUCUGUCCUUCACAGUGACCUCACUGUACUAAAAUACUGACUAUCAAACUAUAAGUUUUGGUGGUUUUAAUAACCGCCUGGCCUAACAAUGACCACAAAUAAUCCAUAAAUCAAGAAAGUUCCUGUAAUAUCUCCUUUUUAAGUGAUGACACACUCACAUGUGCUGUAUGUAGAGCAGAGUGAUGAGGAAAAAAGGAAAUUGAAAUACUUGUUACUUUUGAGAAAUGUCACCACCACGUGGAAGGUCUUAGUAUUACAUGCACCAAUCUGUAAUCUGUUUUGUGAUGUGAAAUUUUGUUUUAAAGAGAUAACUUUUUAUGAAAAAACGUUUCUUACCCAUACCUUGAUGUGAACCCAAACCGUGGAGGAAUAGUAGAGAUAUUUAUGAACAA